GUCUCCAGGUGUUUUUGGCCUUCAACCUCCAGAAAUCCUAACAGCUGUAUAAUCCUUGUUUCUUGCACAUCCUUUUCCUUUUCCCCAUUAGAGCAUUGCUUUUUCUCCCUGCUUCUGUCUAUGUCUCCAGAGCUAAAGGACCCGGAUGUGGGGCGCCCUUGGCGUGGGUUGGAGCUGCUCCCGAAUCCGAAAGGAAGGAAAGAAGAAAAGGAGGGAAGGAAGGAAGGAAGGAAGGUGGAGGGCGACCCAGGUUGUGUUAUCGACCGCGUUUCUAGGGGAUCGGGCCCCUUAAGGAGAGAGCCGAUCCGGUCCUGAGAGAACGGACCUUGGCGGAGCUGAUAAGAGAAUAUGAGCCGCAAUACAACCUGGAGCCGAAAUGAAGAAGGUCCGCCAAAGAUGAAGGAAAAUCCGCCAAGGAGUCUUUAUUGAGCGAUUCAGCUGAAAAGGACACUAGUACCGAUCAUUCAGUCUACUAGCGUACCAUAUAUCAAAAAUAAAGCCAUAUUUAUACAGUGUUUCAGUCUGACAGCCCCUUGAAUUUCCCGCCCCGCUCCCCCGCCCAUCUGAUCUCGGAUAGGCUAGAGGGUUGAACGAGGCGGGCUUUCGUUUCCCGCCUUGCUCUGCUGGCCCAAUAGGGAGCUGCUUUUUGUCCCCACCCGGGCCAAUCAGGAAGGGGAAGGCGGGAGUUAUUGGAACAAUGAAGUGACAGGGCAGGAAAGAUCAGAUUAAUUCCUGUCCGGCCGAUUUCUAAAGGGAUUAAUGACAGCCAUCAGGGGUUCCUGUCAUGUACACUGAUUUCAGAUAUGCCUUGGGGUGUCAGAGGUGGAAGUAAGGAUGGGUGGAAAUGGGCCCAGCAGGGUGCCUUCCUGAGAUGUCCUGGUUUUUCCUUUGGGUGAGAUAUGACAAUGUUUGCCUUGGGGGCGAAUCACCUUUUGUUUUUGGGAAGGGGAAGCCUGGGUCAUAGGAGCUGGGGUUCAUGUUGGGGUCAAAAUAUUUCCCAUUUGAUUUCAUGAUUUGACAAUUAUAUGAAAUAAAAUGAAAAAUAAAAUAAAGUUGGAAUAUAAACCCUGCUGGGAAAAAUACAUAUUUUCCGGGGAUCCUAAAGAGUACAAACACAUAUAGGCAGAUAGAUAGAUUUCGAGGAAAUAAGGGAGAAUCCAUAAAGGUGGGUUACAUUGCAUAAAGGGGAAUCAUGAAUGAUAUAAACAAUUGAAAACAUUUGAUAAGAACGAAGUUCACAACAUCUGGGGAACCCAAUAUGGAGAUUCAUAAAAGUGGAGUUUUAGCAGCAUGAUCUUACAAUUCAUGAAGUUGUUAUCUCUUGCCUCAGAGUGCAGGGAUAAUCCACAGUAAACUCCAGUAAAAAAGUCUCAAUCACCUUCUACUAUAAAUAUAUGGAAUAUAGAACAUAAAGUCUUGGUUUUUGAACUAUCUUUUACAAAGUCCUGGGGGGGAGGGUGGUCACCUCGAUCACAUUUUCCCCCCUUCGGGGCUUGGAAAUGGCUAUGAACAUUUCCCAAAGCCCCGACAUUUCACUGCAUGCAGGGCCUCUGCCUUGGUAGAUCAGAUUGUGACUUUUGUUGGAGGGCAGGAGCUUGAAGAGGUGGAAGCUGAGGUUCAGUCAGUGGUGGGUGAUCCCAUGGUGUUGAAGCAGAUGUCCCUUGGUCUGGAGUCAUGGGAAAUGGAGCAUGAAGGUGGAGGUGGUGAGGGCUGGGGAUGAUGGAGGCUGUGAUGCAGUACUCCCAUUUGGCUGCCUUUUCUUGGCUGCAGCUUGGGCCCCCCUUUGUAGUUGGCAGCUGGGGUCAACUGGGCACAGCUUCUGCUCCUCACAGCAUGGCGCCUCCUGGUGACUGCAGGCAGGUCCAGCACUCCAACAGAGGAGACGGAAAGGAGAGAGUGCCUAGGGAAACUAAGGACAGAUUAUAAGCCCCCCUCCCUCCCGUGGUGGGGUUAGUCAGGGAAGUCACUCAUACCUUGUGAGGGCUCCAGCAGUCCUGGGGUCCUUCUUUGGCACAGCUCUGGUGAAAGUGGAACAUCCUUCCCUCAUGGUGGUCACUGGUAGAAUCCUGUUCAUUUCUUCUGGGACAUCUUCUGCCAUGGCGGCCAAUUCUGUCCCCUGGUGAUGUCAUGAGGGCCUCCUUGGCAGCGUCAAAGGCAGACCUGCACUCAGUAGCCCUUUGCCAGGGCAGAACCAGGCCAGCUGGAGGGCACCAUACGGUGGUCUGGCCAUAAAAGCCUGCCAGGUGCAAGAAUCCUUUCAGCAGUGUCUUAGUCUCUAGCCCCUGAGCCAGGCAGAUGGGGCUGCUUCCCCCGUGGGGGUCUCAGAUCAGCCACAGGUGGGGCUGUCUCUUCUGGGUGACUGGGGGUCCGGGCUUACCCUCACAGGACCAUCUCCAAUGGCCUCCGGGUUCUAGCUGCUGCAUGAAAUCCACAGCGCACUCCGAGAGCCCCUACCCAGGUCUUAGAACUGUUCAUGGUGGCAGGUAUGGAUUAUGGGUCUUGCAGUCUGGUCUGAUGUCCUCAGUCAGGUGGUUGGGUCCGGUCCUCUGGAUCUCUUCAGCUGUGCCUGGAAGGUCCCCUGGACUCUGUACUGCCCCCCUCAUAAUUAAAGGCAGUUAGAGGGAUUUUUAAAACAUUCACACGCAUGCACUCAGGGAAAGGGAGGGAGAAGGACCCGAAAGGAAGAAAAGAGAUUGUUGGGGAACAGUGGAGAGUGAAAGAGUGCCUUUACUAUAAAAGUAAACCAGGAUUUUGACUGUAUGUUUAUAAGGAGAAAUGGGGAUGCUGGGAGUUCCCUUCACAGGGGAAGGAAGGGGGGAGAGAAAGCUUUGAAAAAGGAGAAUGUUGAAGCGCAUUUUGGCCUAGGAAAACAUGAAGUGGAAGGGAGAGAGAGAGAAAAAAACUCACAUAUAGAAAAAUACAUGCAUUCUUCCACCCCCCUUUGUCCCUAAGAUAAGGGAGGUUUGAGAGAGAGAGAGAGACAAGAAAAAGUUAAAACCACAGAAGCAGCAGGAUUUCUCUGGGGGGGGGGGGUCUCACAAAAUAUUAGGGCUUGAACCUUUGAAAAUAGGGAGGUGAGAUGGCACAGAAGAAAAGGGAGAGAGAGAGAGAGAGCAUAGCACUAAGCUAGUCAAUUCCAGCCCUCCUUCCCAGAAAACUAUAUAUCACUGGUGCCUUUUAAGGCAAAGGGGUGAGUAGAGAAGAGUUUACAGCCCACACAUUACAUAAACACACAAAAUUUAACCAACACUUUUCUGGGAGUCCCCCUCCCCCACCCAAAUCCUUUGCCAUGCUUCCCAGAUGGGAGAGAAAGAAAAGGGGAAAUUAAGAAACAGAAGCGGCUAAAGGAAUGGCCCCCCUCCCCCCUUUUGUAAGGACCAAAGGAAAUAUAAGACAACACUGAGGUAAAAUCUUAGGGAUAGGGUCUAGAAAAUGGGAACAAAGGGAAAUAAGGGAUUUUAAAAGGUGAGAAGAGAGGAAGGAGAGGAGAAAUGGAUUUGAGAUUUGUGUGAGAGAGAGAUUUUCACUCAGGCCGGGGAAGAGAGAGAGAGAAAAGAAAAAAAAGGGUACAAUUUGAGGGUAGGCAAGGCAGAAUAUCAAGUUGGAGAAGAUUUGAUUUGAAAGAAGGAAGCGAUCCUUGGAGAACUAUAGAUCUUGGUGGCAGGCUUCAGGACUGAAUCUUCUCCCCCCUUUGCCCCUCCAAAAACAGGAAGAGAAAAAAAGUGUCCUCUUUGCACAAUCUCCCCGCGGCCCCUCCUUCUCCUCUCUCUCCAAGAGAGGAAUGAGCGCAGAGAGAGAGAGAGAGAGAGAGAGAGAGAGAGAGAGAGAGAGAGAGGGAGAGAGAGAGAGAGCCCGGUGGGGGCAAGAGAAGGAGGGGGAUGGUGGGGCGAUUCUUCCAAUCUGAGGAAAACUCUGAAUGUGGCAGGAGUUGAGUGGCAGGGGCAGAUACAAUUUGGGGGGGGGGGGCAUCAGGCUUCAAUGGAACGGCUGGGAUGGGGGCUGAGAGAGAGAGAGAGACAGGAACAGAAAAGAUAGAUCAAGGAAGAAAACCAUGAAAAGGAACCAAACUUGGCUCCCAACAUUUAAAAGACAGGCAAAUUCCAAAAUCAGGACAACAAACAAAGAAUAUUACUCAGAGAACAGGGGAGCCCCCGGCAGGACUCAGCCAGUCCCUGAAGAUGGAAGGUUUUCCAUAAAUACACAAUAACCCCCAGAGAGAGAUGAGGCUGAGAGAGUAGAAGGUUGGGGAGUGGAGGGGGGUGAGGCUGAGAGAGAGCGUUCAAAAAGGGGAGGGGUUUUGCAGGGUUGCCCAAAGGGAUUAGGUAAAAAAAAGAGAAAAAGGGAAAGGAGUCUUUGGGGACACAGGAUCCUUUAGUUUGUGCUAAUUUCAAGAUGUGACCUGACGAUUUUGAAAGAAUGCCAGAUCAAAGGUCCCACUUGCAAUUUGUAACCAACAAAAAAUGCAAAUUGACAGUCUAAAAAUUUAUGUUCCUCUGGGAUCUUUGGGGAGUUUCUGGAGUUAUGGGUAAAACAAACAGAAAAGAAGAGGGAAAAAGGGGAUUGAACUGUGACUCAAAAAAAUUCAAAAAUAGAUAGCUUUUUAAAAGGAGGGAGAGAAGGGAAAAUGAUUCUUUGGAAAACUAUUGACUCAAUAUGCAGGCUUCAGAUAAAACAGGAUGGCAAUGGAUGUUUUAUGGUCUCUGAACAGUCAGUUCCCCCUUUUUCCUGAUGAUCCUCAUCUCCCCACGGCCCCUCCUUUCCCCCUGUUCCUCUGGCCAAAAGGACGAGCGAGAGGAAGAGAGAGAUUAAGGGGGGGGGCCGCAAGGGGGAAGGAGUUUUUUGGGGUGGAAUGGGAAAAGGCUUAGAGGGAUUCGGUUGGGGGGGUGGAGAGGUGGAGAAUGGUUGAGUGUGUGUGUCUUGAGAAGGGGAACAGUGUUUGGAUCAAGGUGUGUUUCGGGGUGAGAGGGGAGGGGGCUGGGAGCCCUCCUCCACAUUAGACUGGGCUGAACUCUCUGGAGGGGAAUUUCUUGGGGGGGGGGAUCCCUGAAGUAAGGGUUCCCUUGGAAGGCCAAUUUGGGAGUCCAGGAUCAGUGUAGGACUCAGUGUGAGGAGAAAAAGUAGAGAUAGGGAUUGGAGGGGGGGCUGAUGGGGUGGGGAGAAGGCAAGCAAAUGUGUCCAGAAAAUCCUCUGGAGGAGGGGGUAAGGGGAAAGGGUCUAGGGAGGAAUCUUUGGGGGGGGUUGUUUUUGGAGCCCAAAUCUCUGCAUGGGAAGACGUGGACCCCCUCCCCCCUCCAAUUCUCUCCCUGGCUUUAGGGCCAUGAACAUCGCGGCAUAAGCAAGCUGGAACCACCUGCCCUCCCCAUGGUGAGUCACCUUUAGGCCAACACUCCGAAUUCGGCGACUCAAGCGGGGGGGGGGGGCAAGCUGUUCCCCCUUCAAGGGCCAUGAGGGGCCACUUAUGCGCGCUGAGUUGGCCCAACCUGGCCUGCACCAUGUUUUUCGAUGCAAGCCCACCCCAAUUGGCCAGGAUCUUGCCCAAAGGAGAAUCCCUGGGGAUGUCUGCUGGGGUGGGACACCCUAGACGUGCUGAACAAACACCCAUCCUUGGCUCAGCCCCUGCCUACCCUGACAGUUAAUGGAGUAACGACUCACCCAACCGGCCAGGUGCCGCUCGUCCUUCCAAGAGUUCCCUCCACCAAGACUGAAUGGCUGGCGUCCGUGGAAUCCGCAGGUGCCCCGGGAACACAACCGUUCCCCUACCCCACGAUCCUUGAACCUGUAAUCUACAAGCCAGACUGUUCUCACACGCCCCCAGGUGCCAGAUGUUCCCGCGUUUCACCAGGAAUUUGUUACCGAGCCCUGAUCCGAAGUGCAAUACCUCCAGAGCUCCGCCCACCUGGGUCUCAACAACGGAGCCGGUUCCCUUUUUUUCAGGGCGUCCCCUGUUUCACGUUGGCGCCUUUCCUUCGAGGAGCUAAAAAUCUGCUUCCUCCUAUCUGGCUCCUUUGUUCAGUACCCUGAAUCAGAUCUAGAGAGAGAAAGGGACUGCCAGAGAAAUUUAGAUGUGAAAAUGAGGUCAAAUUGUUGGUCGGAGGGCCCUCCUUGCAGCCGUUUCUCUCCCCAACCUGUUCCAGAAUAUCUGGACCAAGGUCGCCGCUUGGAAUUUUAGCCUAGAAAUUGACCUUUGGAACUUCCAAGCAAGUCCCUUCAUGGUCGCCAAAUUAUGUUAUCGACCGCGUUUCUAGGGGAUCGGGCCCCUUAAGGAGAGAGCCGAUCCGGUCCUGAGAGAACGGACCUUGGCGGAGCUGAUAAGAGAAUAUGAGCCGCAAUACAACCUGGAGCCGAAAUGAAGAAGGUCCGCCAAAGAUGAAGGAAAAUCCGCCAAGGAGUCUUUAUUGAGCGAUUCAGCUGAAAAGGACACUAGUACCGAUCAUUCAGUCUACUAGCGUACCAUAUAUCAAAAAUAAAGCCAUAUUUAUACAGUGUUUCAGUCUGACAGCCCCUUGAAUUUCCCGCCCCGCUCCCCCGCCCAUCUGAUCGCGGAUAGGCUAGAGGGUUGAACGAGGCGGGCUUUCGUUUCCCGCCUUGCUCUGCUGGCCCAAUAGGGAGCUGCUUUUUGUCCCCACCCGGGCCAAUCAGGAAGGGGAAGGCGGGAGUUAUUGGAACAAUGAAGUGACAGGGCAGGAAAGAUCAGAUUAAUUCCUGUCCGGCCGAUUUCUAAAGGGAUUAAUGACAGCCAUCAGGGGUUCCUGUCAUGUACACUGAUUUCAGAUAUGCCUUGGGGUGUCAGAGGUGGAAGUAAGGAUGGGUGGAAAUGGGCCCAGCAGGGUGCCUUCCUGAGAUGUCCUGGUUUUUCCUUUGGGUGAGAUAUGACAAUGUUUGCCUUGGGGGCGAAUCACCUUUUGUUUUUGGGAAGGGGAAGCCUGGGUCAUAGGAGCUGGGGUUCAUGUUGGGGUCAAAAUAUUUCCCAUUUGAUUUCAUGAUUUGACAAUUAUAUGAAAUAAAAUGAAAAAUAAAAUAAAGUUGGAAUAUAAACCCUGCUGGGAAAAAUACAUAUUUUCCGGGGAUCCUAAAGAGUACAAACACAUAUAGGCAGAUAGAUAGAUUUCGAGGAAAUAAGGGAGAAUCCAUAAAGGUGGGUUACAUUGCAUAAAGGGGAAUCAUGAAUGAUAUAAACAAUUGAAAACAUUUGAUAAGAACGAAGUUCACAACAUCUGGGGAACCCAAUAUGGAGAUUCAUAAAAGUGGAGUUUUAGCAGCAUGAUCUUACAAUUCAUGAAGUUGUUAUCUCUUGCCUCAGAGUGCAGGGAUAAUCCACAGUAAACUCCAGUAAAAAAGUCUCAAUCACCUUCUACUAUAAAUAUAUGGAAUAUAGAACAUAAAGUCUUGGUUUUUGAACUAUCUUUUACAAAGUCCUGGGGGGGAGGGUGGUCACCUCGAUCACAUUUUCCCCCCUUCGGGGCUUGGAAAUGGCUAUGAACAUUUCCCAAAGCCCCGACAUUUCACUGCAUGCAGGGCCUCUGCCUUGGUAGAUCAGAUUGUGACUUUUGUUGGAGGGCAGGAGCUUGAAGAGGUGGAAGCUGAGGUUCAGUCAGUGGUGGGUGAUCCCAUGGUGUUGAAGCAGAUGUCCCUUGGUCUGGAGUCAUGGGAAAUGGAGCAUGAAGGUGGAGGUGGUGAGGGCUGGGGAUGAUGGAGGCUGUGAUGCAGUACUCCCAUUUGGCUGCCUUUUCUUGGCUGCAGCUUGGGCCCCCCUUUGUAGUUGGCAGCUGGGGUCAACUGGGCACAGCUUCUGCUCCUCACAGCACGGCGCCUCCUGGUGACUGCAGGCAGGUCCAGCACUCCAACAGAGGAGACGGAAAGGAGAGAGUGCCUAGGGAAACUAAGGACAGAUUAUAAGCCCCCCUCCCUCCCGUGGUGGGGUUAGUCAGGGAAGUCACUCAUACCUUGUGAGGGCUCCAGCAGUCCUGGGGUCCUUCUUUGGCACAGCUCUGGUGAAAGUGGAACAUCCUUCCCUCAUGGUGGUCACUGGUAGAAUCCUGUUCAUUUCUUCUGGGACAUCUUCUGCCAUGGCGGCCAAUUCUGUCCCCUGGUGAUGUCAUGAGGGCCUCCUUGGCAGCGUCAAAGGCAGACCUGCACUCAGUAGCCCUUUGCCAGGGCAGAACCAGGCCAGCUGGAGGGCACCAUACGGUGGUCUGGCCAUAAAAGCCUGCCAGGUGCAAGAAUCCUUUCAGCAGUGUCUUAGUCUCUAGCCCCUGAGCCAGGCAGAUGGGGCUGCUUCCCCCGUGGGGGUCUCAGAUCAGCCACAGGUGGGGCUGUCUCUUCUGGGUGACUGGGGGUCCGGGCUUACCCUCACAGGACCAUCUCCAAUGGCCUCCGGGUUCUAGCUGCUGCAUGAAAUCCACAGCGCACUCCGAGAGCCCCUACCCAGGUCUUAGAACUGUUCAUGGUGGCAGGUAUGGAUUAUGGGUCUUGCAGUCUGGUCUGAUGUCCUCAGUCAGGUGGUUGGGUCCGGUCCUCUGGAUCUCUUCAGCUGUGCCUGGAAGGUCCCCUGGACUCUGUACUGCCCCCCUCAUAAUUAAAGGCAGUUAGAGGGAUUUUUAAAACAUUCACACGCAUGCACUCAGGGAAAGGGAGGGAGAAGGACCCGAAAGGAAGAAAAGAGAUUGUUGGGGAACAGUGGAGAGUGAAAGAGUGCCUUUACUAUAAAAGUAAACCAGGAUUUUGACUGUAUGUUUAUAAGGAGAAAUGGGGAUGCUGGGAGUUCCCUUCACAGGGGAAGGAAGGGGGGAGAGAAAGCUUUGAAAAAGGAGAAUGUUGAAGCGCAUUUUGGCCUAGGAAAACAUGAAGUGGAAGGGAGAGAGAGAGAAAAAAACUCACAUAUAGAAAAAUACAUGCAUUCUUCCACCCCCCUUUGUCCCUAAGAUAAGGGAGGUUUGAGAGAGAGAGAGAGACAAGAAAAAGUUAAAACCACAGAAGCAGCAGGAUUUCUCUGGGGGGGGGGGGGGUCUCACAAAAUAUUAGGGCUUGAACCUUUGAAAAUAGGGAGGUGAGAUGGCACAGAAGAAAAGGGAGAGAGAGAGAGAGAGCAUAGCACUAAGCUAGUCAAUUCCAGCCCUCCUUCCCAGAAAACUAUAUAUCACUGGUGCCUUUUAAGGCAAAGGGGUGAGUAGAGAAGAGUUUACAGCCCACACAUUACAUAAACACACAAAAUUUAACCAACACUUUUCUGGGAGUCCCCCUCCCCCACCCAAAUCCUUUGCCAUGCUUCCCAGAUGGGAGAGAAAGAAAAGGGGAAAUUAAGAAACAGAAGCGGCUAAAGGAAUGGCCCCCCUCCCCCCUUUUGUAAGGACCAAAGGAAAUAUAAGACAACACUGAGGUAAAAUCUUAGGGAUAGGGUCUAGAAAAUGGGAACAAAGGGAAAUAAGGGAUUUUAAAAGGUGAGAAGAGAGGAAGGAGAGGAGAAAUGGAUUUGAGAUUUGUGUGAGAGAGAGAUUUUCACUCAGGCCGGGGAAGAGAGAGAGAGAAAAGAAAAAAAAGGGUACAAUUUGAGGGUAGGCAAGGCAGAAUAUCAAGUUGGAGAAGAUUUGAUUUGAAAGAAGGAAGCGAUCCUUGGAGAACUAUAGAUCUUGGUGGCAGGCUUCAGGACUGAAUCUUCUCCCCCCUUUGCCCCUCCAAAAACAGGAAGAGAAAAAAAGUGUCCUCUUUGCACAAUCUCCCCGCGGCCCCUCCUUCUCCUCUCUCUCCAAGAGAGGAAUGAGCGCAGAGAGAGAGAGAGAGAGAGAGAGAGAGAGAGAGAGAGAGAGAGAGGGAGAGAGAGAGAGAGCCCGGUGGGGGCAAGAGAAGGAGGGGGAUGGUGGGGCGAUUCUUCCAAUCUGAGGAAAACUCUGAAUGUGGCAGGAGUUGAGUGGCAGGGGCAGAUACAAUUUGGGGGGGGGCAUCAGGCUUCAAUGGAACGGCUGGGAUGGGGGCUGAGAGAGAGAGAGAGACAGGAACAGAAAAGAUAGAUCAAGGAAGAAAACCAUGAAAAGGAACCAAACUUGGCUCCCAACAUUUAAAAGACAGGCAAAUUCCAAAAUCAGGACAACAAACAAAGAAUAUUACUCAGAGAACAGGGGAGCCCCCGGCAGGACUCAGCCAGUCCCUGAAGAUGGAAGGUUUUCCAUAAAUACACAAUAACCCCCAGAGAGAGAUGAGGCUGAGAGAGUAGAAGGUUGGGGAGUGGAGGGGGGUGAGGCUGAGAGAGAGCGUUCAAAAAGGGGAGGGGUUUUGCAGGGUUGCCCAAAGGGAUUAGGUAAAAAAAAGAGAAAAAGGGAAAGGAGUCUUUGGGGACACAGGAUCCUUUAGUUUGUGCUAAUUUCAAGAUGUGACCUGACGAUUUUGAAAGAAUGCCAGAUCAAAGGUCCCACUUGCAAUUUGUAACCAACAAAAAAUGCAAAUUGACAGUCUAAAAAUUUAUGUUCCUCUGGGAUCUUUGGGGAGUUUCUGGAGUUAUGGGUAAAACAAACAGAAAAGAAGAGGGAAAAAGGGGAUUGAACUGUGACUCAAAAAAAUUCAAAAAUAGAUAGCUUUUUAAAAGGAGGGAGAGAAGGGAAAAUGAUUCUUUGGAAAACUAUUGACUCAAUAUGCAGGCUUCAGAUAAAACAGGAUGGCAAUGGAUGUUUUAUGGUCUCUGAACAGUCAGUUCCCCCUUUUUCCUGAUGAUCCUCAUCUCCCCACGGCCCCUCCUUUCCCCCUGUUCCUCUGGCCAAAAGGACGAGCGAGAGGAAGAGAGAGAUUAAGGGGGGGGGCCGCAAGGGGGAAGGAGUUUUUUGGGGUGGAAUGGGAAAAGGCUUAGAGGGAUUCGGUUGGGGGGGUGGAGAGGUGGAGAAUGGUUGAGUGUGUGUGUCUUGAGAAGGGGAACAGUGUUUGGAUCAAGGUGUGUUUCGGGGUGAGAGGGGAGGGGGCUGGGAGCCCUCCUCCACAUUAGACUGGGCUGAACUCUCUGGAGGGGAAUUUCUUGGGGGGGGGGAUCCCUGAAGUAAGGGUUCCCUUGGAAGGCCAAUUUGGGAGUCCAGGAUCAGUGUAGGACUCAGUGUGAGGAGAAAAAGUAGAGAUAGGGAUUGGAGGGGGGGCUGAUGGGGUGGGGAGAAGGCAAGCAAAUGUGUCCAGAAAAUCCUCUGGAGGAGGGGGUAAGGGGAAAGGGUCUAGGGAGGAAUCUUUGGGGGGGGUUGUUUUUGGAGCCCAAAUCUCUGCAUGGGAAGACGUGGACCCCCUCCCCCCUCCAAUUCUCUCCCUGGCUUUAGGGCCAUGAACAUCGCGGCAUAAGCAAGCUGGAACCACCUGCCCUCCCCAUGGUGAGUCACCUUUAGGCCAACACUCCGAAUUCGGCGACUCAAGCGGGGGGGGGGGGCAAGCUGUUCCCCCUUCAAGGGCCAUGAGGGGCCACUUAUGCGCGCUGAGUUGGCCCAACCUGGCCUGCACCAUGUUUUUCGAUGCAAGCCCACCCCAAUUGGCCAGGAUCUUGCCCAAAGGAGAAUCCCUGGGGAUGUCUGCUGGGGUGGGACACCCUAGACGUGCUGAACAAACACCCAUCCUUGGCUCAGCCCCUGCCUACCCUGACAGUUAAUGGAGUAACGACUCACCCAACCGGCCAGGUGCCGCUCGUCCUUCCAAGAGUUCCCUCCACCAAGACUGAAUGGCUGGCGUCCGUGGAAUCCGCAGGUGCCCCGGGAACACAACCGUUCCCCUACCCCACGAUCCUUGAACCUGUAAUCUACAAGCCAGACUGUUCUCACACGCCCCCAGGUGCCAGAUGUUCCCGCGUUUCACCAGGAAUUUGUUACCGAGCCCUGAUCCGAAGUGCAAUACCUCCAGAGCUCCGCCCACCUGGGUCUCAACAACGGAGCCGGUUCCCUUUUUUUCAGGGCGUCCCCUGUUUCACGUUGGCGCCUUUCCUUCGAGGAGCUAAAAAUCUGCUUCCUCCUAUCUGGCUCCUUUGUUCAGUACCCUGAAUCAGAUCUAGAGAGAGAAAGGGACUGCCAGAGAAAUUUAGAUGUGAAAAUGAGGUCAAAUUGUUGGUCGGAGGGCCCUCCUUGCAGCCGUUUCUCUCCCCAACCUGUUCCAGAAUAUCUGGACCAAGGUCGCCGCUUGGAAUUUUAGCCUAGAAAUUGACCUUUGGAACUUCCAAGCAAGUCCCUUCAUGGUCGCCAAAUUAUGUUAUCGACCGCGUUUCUAGGGGAUCGGGCCCCUUAAGGAGAGAGCCGAUCCGGUCCUGAGAGAACGGACCUUGGCGGAGCUGAUAAGAGAAUAUGAGCCGCAAUACAACCUGGAGCCGAAAUGAAGAAGGUCCGCCAAAGAUGAAGGAAAAUCCGCCAAGGAGUCUUUAUUGAGCGAUUCAGCUGAAAAGGACACUAGUACCGAUCAUUCAGUCUACUAGCGUACCAUAUAUCAAAAAUAAAGCCAUAUUUAUACAGUGUUUCAGUCUGACAGCCCCUUGAAUUUCCCGCCCCGCUCCCCCGCCCAUCUGAUCGCGGAUAGGCUAGAGGGUUGAACGAGGCGGGCUUUCGUUUCCCGCCUUGCUCUGCUGGCCCAAUAGGGAGCUGCUUUUUGUCCCCACCCGGGCCAAUCAGGAAGGGGAAGGCGGGAGUUAUUGGAACAAUGAAGUGACAGGGCAGGAAAGAUCAGAUUAAUUCCUGUCCGGCCGAUUUCUAAAGGGAUUAAUGACAGCCAUCAGGGGUUCCUGUCAUGUACACUGAUUUCAGAUAUGCCUUGGGGUGUCAGAGGUGGAAGUAAGGAUGGGUGGAAAUGGGCCCAGCAGGGUGCCUUCCUGAGAUGUCCUGGUUUUUCCUUUGGGUGAGAUAUGACAAUGUUUGCCUUGGGGGCGAAUCACCUUUUGUUUUUGGGAAGGGGAAGCCUGGGUCAUAGGAGCUGGGGUUCAUGUUGGGGUCAAAAUAUUUCCCAUUUGAUUUCAUGAUUUGACAAUUAUAUGAAAUAAAAUGAAAAAUAAAAUAAAGUUGGAAUAUAAACCCUGCUGGGAAAAAUACAUAUUUUCCGGGGAUCCUAAAGAGUACAAACACAUAUAGGCAGAUAGAUAGAUUUCGAGGAAAUAAGGGAGAAUCCAUAAAGGUGGGUUACAUUGCAUAAAGGGGAAUCAUGAAUGAUAUAAACAAUUGAAAACAUUUGAUAAGAACGAAGUUCACAACAUCUGGGGAACCCAAUAUGGAGAUUCAUAAAAGUGGAGUUUUAGCAGCAUGAUCUUACAAUUCAUGAAGUUGUUAUCUCUUGCCUCAGAGUGCAGGGAUAAUCCACAGUAAACUCCAGUAAAAAAGUCUCAAUCACCUUCUACUAUAAAUAUAUGGAAUAUAGAACAUAAAGUCUUGGUUUUUGAACUAUCUUUUACAAAGUCCUGGGGGGGAGGGUGGUCACCUCGAUCACAGUUGGGAGUCCUGUAGUUUUGUUGUUUUGUCUGCUGCCCUGAUGCCAUCACUCUUUUAUAUAUAUAGAUUGGAGGUAUUGAUGUAUGGAUGUAUUUUAAGAAAACUAAUACAAAAUUUUUAAAAAACUAAUUAGACAAGUCAUAAUUUAAAUAAAACAUAAUUAAAACAACAAUAUUAAAACUAUCAUUCAAGGCAUUAAAAGUCUAGUAUAGCAGAACAAUAUGGGCGACGGUCAAACUGAGGGGUGAAUGUCUAUGUCAAAAUUGAACAUAUAUCCAAAAGACAAGACAGGUAAAGAGAUAAAUCUGGUAUGGAAGACAAACUAUAAAAUGACAGGGAGAUUUUCAAUAUGGAUAUGGGCCAGGUUGUAAUGGGCUUGUCUAGUCAAAAGCACAACAAAACAGCCAUGUUUUUAACUGUUUAAAGGGAUGGCAAAGUAGAGCAUGUCGCCAAUUCUUCCCCUGUCUGAUAAAGUUGUUAAAAUGUGCUUGUAUCCUUGAAAUGGUUGAGCUAGAAAGGGGAGGACACUCCUGUGUGAUGAGCGGUGAAUAAAUCCUCCAUCUUCUCCCCCAUGAAAUGCCAUGCAAAGUAAGUAACUUUAUUUUUCUAUCCCGCCUCCAUCUCUUGGUUGGGAUUCGGGGCGGCUAACAAGGGACAAAAGCCCCAAAAUACAAACAGGUAGAACAGUUAAAACAUGUUACAAUAAAAAUAUAGUAAAAUCAACAAUUAUACAAACAGUUACCUUAAGCAAAACAAUGCAAUAGAGCAUCAAAAUUCAGUUAACAACUAAAAUCAGAUUAAAAUAAAAUAGAAUAAUGGAUCAACCAGGUUGGUGGAGGGGAUAACAAAGAGACGAUUCCACCCGCUUUCCCCCUCUCGUGGGAUGAAGUCCUAAGAAACUGGCAGAGAGGGCAAGAAUAUACUAACUGAAGUGAGUCUGUAUUUCAAAAAGUAUCACUACCUUACUGCCUACCACACAUGAGUCUCUAUAUAAGGAGAAAAGUAGGAUAAAAUGAAAUAAGUAAAAAAAAAAAACACCAGUGAGAAAGAAGCUACCACUGUGAUCAAUUUUAUCCAAAGUUUCCAGUGAAAAAUGGCCACCUGAAAGAAAUUUUGACUAAAAAGAAUGGUGAAUAACAACUUAAAUCCCUAGAAGAAAUAAGGCAAAAACAUGACAUGAGUAUCAUGGUUUCAAUAUGCCCAAAUAAAAGAACAAUUCGGGAAAGAUAAAGUAAUGGGCUUCAACGAGAAAGAAAAAUUUUGGGACAAAUUAAUACAAAACGACAGGAAAGAGAUUACUAAGAUUUACAAAACCUUGCUAGUGGUCCACAGAGCCAGAAGCAGUCAAGAAUUGUGUGAUAAAAUGGGCAAAAAACAUCGGACGCUCAAUUAGAUUUGAAGAAUGGGAAAAGAUUUGGAACAAAAAACUAAAAUACACGUAUGCCUCAGACCUCUAGGAAAAUUGGUAUAAGAUGUUCUACCGGUGGUAUAUAACACGGAAAACACUAGGAAUAAUGUAUAAGAAUGCUCAAAACUAAUAUUGGAAAUGCAAGAAACAAGAAGGAAAUUAUUUUCAUACUUGGUGGACCUGUCUGGAAACAACAAAAUUUUGGAAAGAAGUGCAUGAAGAAACACAAAAAAAAUUUAGAAAAAGUAUUCCUGAUGAAGCCAGAAUAUUAACAUAAUAACCUUGAUUCCGAAUGAUGACAUUAUCUUUACAUAUAUAAUGACAGCCGCAAGGAUAACCUUUGCUAGACACUGGAAAUCGGAAGAAAUUCCAACAAAAGGUCUCUGGUUAGAUAAACUUGACGAAAUCCAUGAUAUGGAUAGACUAACUUAUUUAAUGAAAGAAAAUAGAGGUGAACCAAUAAAAAACGACAGAUUGGAAGAAAUAUAAAGAAUAUAAAAAGAAAGCAACAGACUAAAAGAAACAACAAGGAGAAACCCAAGAAAUUAAAUUAUGGUGGAGACCAAGAAACAAGAAAACACAAUUGAAAACAUAACUGCGAAGAGUAGAAAACGAAAGACCAAACAGACUUUUACCCUCAGCACGCUUCUCUACUUGCCCCCUCCAUCCUAUCCUACUUCCUACUUUGACCCCUUCUUUAUUUUAUUUUCUUUUUCUUUCUUCCUCACUUGUACCCACUUAUCUAUUUGCGCACAUUCUUUUAUGCAAUGUAUUUAAGAAAGCUGAAUAAACAUCUAAUAAAAAAUGGCCAUCUGGAGCAUAAAUAAUCUUUGUGAGGACCAAAGGAGGCAGAAUGUAGAAGCAUGGCAUUGUGUAGUGUUUGAGCAUUGGAGCAUGACUCUGGAGUUUGAUUUUUGAUAGCCAUGGAAACCCACGAGAUGACCUCUCUGAGCCCCCAAACCCAAAUGGUCUUAGGGUUGCCAUAAAUUGGAAGCAACUCACAGAAAUACAACAACAACCCUUCCUCCAGAAUCUAGAUUAACUUUAGUAAAAUGAGUGUGGCUUACAAUAUGAUCCUCAAUUUGACCUCCCCCACCCCAUCUAGUAAGCCUCUUUUUUCCCCAUCUAGUAAGCUGUUUUUUCUUUCUUGGAGCCCCAAGUGCUUAGAAAGACUUCAAAGCAUUAGGUGAAUAUUGCUGAAACAGCUCCUUCCAGUCGUGGACCUCCUCAUUAAUAAAGCAAGAGGCAGCUUCAUCACUCUCAGACCACUAGAACCCACUGCGCAAAAAAAGAUACAAAAAAGAGAUGAGUAUAAUUUAAGUGAAUGUCAAAGAAACUCAUAGGGAAAACUUGGGGGAAAAUUGCCUAUGCAUUCUCCUUGCAUCUCAUAAAGAAACAUGUCUUACAAGAGAGGCUCUGUCUCAAGUCUCUGAGAUUUUUACUUCAGAGGAGAAACACAGUUGGGUGGGACUACUUUGCAUAAAUGAAAAAAAAAACACAUACAGGAAUAUGUUUAAUCUAAAAAAAAUGUAUUUAAGAGUACAUGGCAUUUCCAUGCAGACCCAACAAGAAAUGAAUUGUAAUUCUUUGCACUAACAUAAUCCAGCGAAUUUAAUAAUCUAACAUGGAGCCACGGUGGCACAAUGGGUUAAAACCUUUGUGCUUGCUGAACUGCUGACCUGAAGGUUGGCAGUUCAAAUCUGCAAGAUGGGGUGAGCUCCUGUCGUCAGCUCUAGCUUGUGGGGACAUGAGAGAAACCUCCCAGCAACACAUCCAGGCGUCCCCUGGGCAACGUCUCUGUAGACGGCCAAUUCUCUCACACCAGAAGCGACUUGCAGUAUGUUCUCAAGUCGCUUCUGACAUGAUAAAUUUUUUUUAAAAAAACAAUCAGACAAUAGAUUUUGAACAAGAUGAGCAUAAAAGAUGCACCCAUUCAUGCACCCAACAAAUGAGGACUAUUUCCUUUUGUCCAAUUUAUGUGUAAACAUUUGGAUUGCUGUGUUCAGAAUGGACCGAUCAGAAGUAUCCAUUGGAUAUUGACUGGGAGAUUCCCACCACUGUACCAAAAAAUGGUCAUUUUUCCAAUGCUCCAUCCCUAAAUGAGAUUAUAUUGCACCAUCUGAUAUUUAGCUAGAAGUCAAAUCCAGCAUUUCAACCUAGAUGUGUUUUCAUUUUGCGAAACAGCUAUUUCACUAUGUUUUCCAGUUCCUUUUCAAGUUUAUAUUAAGUCAAUAUUAAAGAAGUGAAACAGUUAAGUUGUUGUUAUACCAAACACAUUCAAAGUCAAAUCCAGUAUUCCCUGGAUUUUUGUUGUCCAGCAUGUUCUAAUGUAGCCUCUGUAAUUCAUCUCUAUCCUUCUUUGAAUAUUAAAUGUUGCUUUUGCUAGUAUUUCCAAAUGGAGAAAUGGUGGACACAUUCUCCUCUGUGCUGUGAUCCAGAAAAAUGCUGGCGAGGCCAAAUUUCUACGGCUACUUCCUUCUCAUCUUGCUCCUUUCCCAAAGAACUGGGUGAUUCAUAUGUUAUAGUAACCUACAUCUUCACUUGGCACCAUCUCCUUACUAAAAAUAGACAUGACAAGGUGUACUCUACUAGGUCUCCUCUAAUGAUAAAUCUUCUUUCCUGUUAGAACACAAAAGUAGAGCACAAUGUUUCCAAUUUAGGAUCUACACCAGGUUGGUAGAUUCACCUUCUUCUGCAGGAGGGCAAGGUAGGAAUGUGCUAUAGAAAAUGGGUUUCAUUUCAGAGGUUUCAAGGGUGAUCAAUGGAGCUAGUUGAACUAAAUCAACUAUAUAGCCCAUUUGGGGGCUCAUCUACAUCGGGCGAUUUAGCCCGUCAUAAAUAUGCCCCAGAGUAGCCUUGGAUACAGCAUGUUUGUGCCAAACCAAGAGCCCUUUUUAGAAAGUUAGAGAGUCCAUUUGUUUUGCUAGGGUGGUCUGAAUCUCACCUUCUCUGUGUCAUCACUGCUCCUAGCUCUGCGACAGUGGUUCCCAACCUGUGGUCCAUGGACCACCAGUGGUCUCCAAGAACUAAAAUAUAGUCCACAGCCUUACUAUUACUACAUUGUUGCAACGAGAGUGACUGGUUUCACGAAACCCUCUUAUAGUGCCAAGGCAAUGGGCAUGUCAAGAGGGGAGAGGCUGACUACCCACGAAAGGCGUGACAACAAGCCUCCUGACUGCUGCUUCUCUUCCUCCCUCCACCUGAGUGGAGCCAUUCCAUGUGGUGCCUGGAAGUGGGAAUGCCUUGGUGUCUUCAUUUUUAGACCUGUUCCUGGGAUUAUUUGGGGUGAUGAUUCAGAAAAUUGCAUUGGAUAGACCACAUCAGCUCUAGAUUAUUAAAUAUGGUUUUCUGUGUGCAAGCAGAUGGCGACUAUUGGAUGGCAUAUGUUAUGUAUCAGAAACUAGAGCUGAUGUGGUCUAUCCAAUCCAAUUUUCUGAAUCAGCACUCCAAAUAACCAAUCUGAAUCUAAAGUUGACAAAAACUGAUUCGUAACCCUUUUGGUACUAAUGUUGGAGAGUGGUCCCUGGUUAAAAAAAAAAGGUUGGGAACCACUGCUCUAUGAGAACAUCUGGCCAUCAUGGACACCUCUACUUGUUGGGAAUCAUCCUGGACUACUCAAGUCUAAAUGUAGUCAGAUAGAUGAUAGAGUGAGAUUGAGGGAAUCCCUUCCCCAUUUCCAAAGCAUGCCUAGAUAGGAUUCACCAUUGUUUCCUGCUUCCCAUCUUAUUUAGGUCAGCCCACCCAUUAAUGUUUCUAGAAAUGUGAUCCAUGAGGCUUGGUCGCCAUUCCAGCUUCCUGUUUUGUUCCAGAGAGGACACACCUCUGUCCUCUACUAGCCAAGAUGUAGCUAUCUAGAGCUUUGUUAUUUUAAUCUGUCUAUGUGUAUUAGAACAGGAUAGAUUAGCUAGUUAGGUCCAAACCUUUUUUAUCCAUCAAUGGAUUUCUUUUUACCUCAAUAAAUGCUUUUAAACUUUGAAGCUAAUUUUACAUCCCUUUGCCUUCCUGAUGACACAGAGGCCUUCCAAACUCACACCGCAUAAGUCUCACCUCUCACCACUGCUGCAAUUUUUACUCUUCUAUUUUAAUGCGAAUUUACCUCAUAAACAGGGUGAGUAGAGCUUAACGGCUUGUCCAUUCCCAACAUUACUAACAUUGGAACAUGGGACCUUCAUGACUACCAAGAAGGAAGGGGUAAAUACUCUCUGUUUCUUCCUCAUUGAGCAGAUAUCCCAUGCGGACAUUGGCAGAGGUGCCCAGAAGGAGGAGGAGGAAGAGAAUGAGGAGGAGACAAUGACGAGGAGAUGUGAUAUUGCCUUCACUUCACUUCACUUCACUUUAUUUCUUAAUUAGUCGCACUCCACCAGAGUGCUCCGAGCGACUUAAUUCCACAAUAUAAAAACAUUCAACAUUAAAACAUUCAACAGUGACUAUUUGGCAAAUUGCCUGGUCAUUCUGGCACCUCUUCUGAUGUCAGAAUGGGGAGCAAGAGGGGAUCUAUCUAUCCUAAUGUGGUAGAAUGUGCUGGAAUUUUUGUGAAAGUUGGUACAUUCUCUCAGAUAAUAAACUGAUUAAAAAAUCUCAACCAUCCUUCUUUUCUAACUAUUUUCUAUCAAUCUAUUUCUCUGUUUUGGAGCUUGCAACGAUACCUGAGACAACAAUGCACCAAAGAAGGCAAUCGGUGGUCUGGCUGCCCUUUCUGAUUUGUUUGCCCGUACCCCAAGCAUCUCAUUUGCUCAUCAGCAAAAGCCAUGCCCCAGCUGUGCUGAUAAUGCAAUUUAUUGAUGCGGUGGUGUGUCAGCAGCCAGGCCAGGUCAGUGAGGCACCUGAUCAGCAUCCGAUAAAACAAGGGUGGCCUGAUCUGCCAGGAAGAUCGGCUCAGCUGCCUGCCUCCUCUCCGCCUGCAGCACAAUCAAUACAGCGCAGCAAUAAAGAACAGAGCAUCUGAGAUGGGAGAUGGGGUGGGUGUGGCGACAUAAAGUAUGAAGAAAGCUCCGGUUAGCAAUCAAAGAAGUUUUCCCAGACCUUCAAAGACCAUUUGACUUUAUGCCUUGUAGCAUUAGAUGUUUUAAAGCAGUAUUUUUGCAGGGAGAAGUGCAUCUUGUACUAUGUAUUAUGUUGUUUAUUUAAGUUGUUUUGAAAUUAUUGAGUUGUUUUUUAUUUGUUUUAAACACUGCUGUCGGCACUGAAUGUUUGCCGUUGUUUAUUUUGCCAUAAGCCUCCCUGAGUCCCUUCGGGGAGAUACGGUGGGCUAUAAAUAAAGUUUCAUUCAUUCAUUCAGUCCUUAAAUAUGAAAUAAACUUUAAUGGGGUAGGUAAAGGUAAAGGUUUACCCUGACGUUAAGUCUAGUCGUGUCCAACUCUGGGGGUUGGUGCUCAUUUCCAUUUCUAAGCUGAAGAGCCGGCGUUGUCCGUAGACACCUCCAAGGUCAUGUGGCCGGCAUGACUGCAUGGAGCGCCAUUACCUUCCCGCCAGAGCGGUACCUAUUGAUCUACUCACAUUUGCAUGUUUUAGAACUGCUAGGUUGGUAAAAGCUGGGGCUAACAGCGGGCGCUCACUCCAUUCCUCAGAUUCGAACCUGUGACCUUUCAGUCUGCAAGUUCAGCAGCUCAGCGCUUUAACACACUGUACCACCUUGUAGCAUUAGACUUUUUUUAAUUAUUAUUAUUUUAUUGAGUUUUCAACAUUAAAUACAGUGAAAGUGGGGGAACAAAAUGUGUUGCAAAAGAAAAGAAUGAAACAUAGCAGAAAGGAGAAAGAGCGGGGGACGGGGAGGGUGAAAAAGAAAAGAAAAAGAAAAAAAGAAAGAAAAAAGAUGGUUCGACUUCCCAUUUUUAAUAGAUACGUCUGGUUUAUAAAGAAUGUGUCAAAAAUAAGUAGCUUGGAUAGACAGAAGAACUGUAAAUGAUGAGUUUUGAACCCUGGAGAGACGGGUAGCAUUAGACCUUUUAAACCAGUAUUUUUGGGGGGAGAAGUGCAUUUUUUCCUAUAUAUUGUCUUGCUUAUUUAAGUUGUUUUAUAAUUUUUGAGUUGUUUUUUAUUUGUUUUAUAUGCUGCUGUCGGCAUUGAAUGUUUGCCGUUGUUUAUUUUGUUGUAAGCCUCCUUUGAGUCCCCUCGGGGUGAUAUGGUGGGCUAUAAAUAAAGUUUCACUCAUUCAUUCAAUCCUCAAAUAAGAAAUAAACUUUAAUGGGGUAGGUAAAGGUAAAUGUUUACCCUGACGUUAAGUCCAGUCAUGUCCGACUCUGGAGGUUGGUGCUCAUCUCCAUUUCUAAGUGUUGUCCGUAGACACCUCCAAGGCCAUGUGGCCAGCAUAACUGCAUGGAGCACCGUUACCUUCCCGCUGGAGCGGUACCUAUUGAUCUACUCACAUUUGCAUGUUUUCGAACUGCUAGGUUGGCAGGAGUUGGAGUUAACUGCGGGCGCUCAAGCCGCUCCCGGGAUUUGAACCUGGGACCUUUCGGUCUGCAAGUUCAGCAGCUCAGUGCUUUAACACACUUCGCCACCGAGGCUCCUUUGUAUAACCAGUAUUCCCCUGACGUUAAGUCCAGCCGUGACCGACUCUGCAGUUUGGUGCUCAUCUCCAUUUCUAAGCCGAAGAGCUGGUGUUGUCCGUAGACACCUCCAAGCUCAUGUGGCCGGCAUGACUGCAUGGAACACCGUUACCUUCCCACCGGAGCGGUACCUAUUGAUCUACUCACAUUUGCAUGUUUUCAAACUGCUAGGUUGGCAGAAAGUGGAGCUAACAGCGGGCGCUCACUCAGCUCCCCGGAUUCGAACCUGUGACCUUUCAGUCUGCAAGUUCAGCAGCUCAGUGCUUUAAUGUGCUAUGCCACCCGGGGGCUCAAUGGGGUAUUUUAUUUAAAAAUCUAAGAAUGUGUGGACAUUUUGCAGGACUUCCAAAGCAUGACAAAUCUGCACAUCAGAGUCCGACCUUUCCUCACCCUGCUGCUGUGCCAAUGCAUUACUUUCUCUCCCUCUCCCUGCUCAUUUCCUUGCUGUUGCAUUAAUAUGUCAGUGGCUAGAAGUUGCUUUCCUGAUGCAUCACUCACAGAGAUGGAAAGAGCUGCAUGCAGCCUUUCAUUAAAAGCCAUUUGGUAUCCUUUUUCUCCUGGAGAUGGGUCAGGGUGGGGGAGGCAACUCCACUUUGCUUUUUUGGUCUUGCUUCUCCUCUGAGAAAUGGCAUCCGAGGUGCUUCUUGGGCAGGUCCUGGGCUGCUUGGCAUGCUCUGAAUAUGAUAUGGAGCUGGACAGUUUAGCAGGAACAGGGCCUGCUGGGAGGCUGAGUCAGCAGCCGUAAAUCUAUCAGGGGCUCCAUCAAGGACACUGCAGGAAGGACAACGGCAUAUGCUGAGAAACAUAAAGCAAAAACCUUGGAAGCCUGACUUAAUUUAGUGCCGCUCACUCCUGGAGGGAAGGAGAAUUCAUCCCCUUCCCAAUUAAUCAUGCAUUAACCUUUUCUCUCCCCCUUCGUUUGUGAAUGGGGCUCGAUCCUCCAAUGCUUUUAAGGGCAGGAAUCCAAUUAGCCAAAGUGGCUCUUGACAAAGGCCCGCCAUCCCUCCCAGCACAAGAGGAGGGGAGACGGGGAGGAAGGAGGGGGGAAGAAAAAUGCUUUAAUGUACAAGGAGCCGGGAAUAUUGAUUUGGUAUAGAUCAUCCCUACUCUGGCAGAUGGAGGCUGACAAGGAGGAGGUUGGAAUUGAGCUUACAGAAAGAAAGAAAAAGUAUUCUGUAUGGCUUGUUGCCCUCGGGAUGUGUCACACUGCAAUACCAACCAUUCCUCAUUGAAAAUGAUGGCAUUUGUAGUCCAUCCCAUCCAGACACUGCUGACAUGGCAUGGGGUUCGCUUUAAAAAUGCAUGCUCUGGAACAGGGGUCCCCAAACUAAGGCCCGGGGGCCGGAUGCGGCCCUCCAAGGUCAUUUACCUGGCCCCCGCCCUCAGUUUUAUAAUAUAAUAUUUUUAUAUCAGUUUUAAUAAUAUAAUAUAUUGUAUAUACAUAUAAUAUUGAUAAUAAUAUUAUGUUAUACAAUAUAAUACUAAUAAUAAUACCAUAUAAUAAUAUUAAUUAUAUGUUAUAUAUUACAUAGAAUAUUACAAUAUAGUGGUAUAGUUCAAUAUCUAUAUAUAUAAAAGAGUGAUGGCAUCAUGGCGACCCACAAAAAAACAAAACUACAGGCCCCCCAACCUUGAAAUUUGACAACACAACCCAUCAUCCACGCCUCUAGGUUGAUACAACAAAAAGAAAAGAAAAAUAAAGUCCUAAUUAGAGAGAGAGGAAUAAUUGCUUUUAUCCAAUUGCUGCCAGUUAGAAGGCUAAGCUCCUCCAACUUGGUCUCCUAGCAACCCAAUAAAAAAUAAUAAUAAACACUUAAAAAUAAUACAAUAAAAUACUAUAAUAACAGAAAAUAACUAAAAAUAAUACAAAAAUAAUAAAAUAUACUAUAAUAAAAAUAUAACUUACAAUAAAUUAAUAAAAAAUGCAAAUAACAUCAAAUAAAAAUUACACAACAAUUUUUAACCAAUACCACCACCACUUUGCCACAGCAACGUGUGGCCGGGCACAGCUAGUAGUAAUAUAUAAUGCUAAUAUUGUGCUAUGCUAAUAGUAUAAUAUAUUGUAUGUACAUACAGCUGCUCAGAGUCCCCUUCGGGGUGAGAAGGGUGGGAUAUAAAUGUAGUAAAUAAAUGCAGUAAAUAAAUAAUUAAUUUUAAACUUCAGCUCGGUCAAAGUCUGAAAUGACUUGAAGGCACACAACAACAACAACAAUCCUAAUUAACUUGACUAUCUCAUUGGCCAGUAGCAGGCCUACACUUUCCAUUGAAAUCCUGAUAGGAUUAUGUAGGUUAAAAUUGUUUUCAUUUUUAAAUAUUGUAUUGUUCUUUCAUUGUUGUUGCUGCUGCUGCUGUUUUGCACUACAAAUAAGACAUGUGCAGUGUGCAUAGGAAUUUGUUCGUAUUUUUUUCCAAAUGAUAAUUUGGCCCCUCAACCAUCUGAAAGAUUGUGGACCAGCUCUCUGCUUCAAAAGUUUGAGGACCCCUGCUCUGGAAUAUGUGGAGGAAUUGCAUUGCUUCCAUUUUGCACUAAGGAAUAAAUAGAUGAGUUGGGUUCUGGAACUUAAAAUUUCCAAAUGCCCUUCCCAGUAUUUCUAAUCCCAGAAUGCCAGAGGACAGAAUCAUGGCAGUUAAAUAAAGCCAUAAUUGUGUUGUAUGGAUGGCUUCAAGUGCUGAUGUAAGUGUUUUUUUCUAGCAAUUCUGUCUUGGUGUUUUACCAGAAGUCUGAAGGAUGUUAGAAGAUAUUCAGAGAUAUUUUGAACCUCUAGAGAACCUUUGCAGGUAUCUUUGGGUCUUAAACCAGAAUUGUAUCAUGUAUAUCCUUGUCCACCAGUGAAGAGAGGCAGACAAGAAAAGAAGGUGGGUAAGAAAUAGCAGGUGAGAGAAUAAUAAUAAUAAUAAUAAUAAUAAUAAUAAUAAUAAUAAUAAUAAUAACAACUUUAUUUUUAUACCCCACCCCAUCUCCCCGGAGGGACUCGGAGCUGAAGCAUCAAGCAUGAACAUGUGAAGACUGUGGUCAGUAAAGAAUACACACAAAGGGUCAGAAAAAUUCUCAAAAGCAAGCUCAAUGGAGGCAACACCAUCAAGGCCAUAAACACCUGGGCCAUACCUCUCAUAAGAUAUACUGCUGGCAUCAUAAACUGGACACAGAUGGAACUGGACAAUUUGGACAGAAAAACAAGAAAACUCAUGACCAUUCAUCAUUCACUUCACCCUCGCAGUGAUGUUGACCGGCUAUAUCUGCCUAGAAGAUCAGGGGGCAGAGGACUCUUACAAGUAAAACAAGCAGUCAAAGAAGAAGAACAUGCUCUGGCAGAAUAUGUAAAGCAAAGUGAAGAACCUGCUUUGAUUGAAGUCAAAAAUCAGAAACUCCUCAAAGCACAGCAGACAAAAAACCAGUACAAGAAAGCCACACUACAAACUAGAGCUGACAGCUGGCACAACAAAACAUUGCAUGGAAAGUUCCUUGACAAAAUUGAAGGAAAAGCUGAUAAGGAGAAGACCUGGCUCUGGCUCACAAAUGGGACCCUGAAGAAGGAGACAGAAGGCCUGAUCCUUGCAGCCCAGGAGCAAGACAUCAGAACAAAGGCAAUUCAGGCCAAGAUCGAAAAAUCAGCUGAUGACCCAAAAUGCAGACUGUGCAAGGAAACCGAUGAAACCAUUGAUCAUAUCCUCAGCUGCUGUAAGAAAAUUGCACAGACAGACUACAAACAGAGGCACAACUAUGUGGCCCAAAUGAUUCAUUGGAACUUAUGCCUGAAGUACCACCUCCCAGCAGCAAAGAACUGGUGGGAUCACAAACCUGCAAAAGUAUUGGAAAAUGAGCACGCAAAGAUACUGUGGGACUUCCGAAUCCAGACUGACAAAGUUCUGGAACACAACACACCAGACAUGACAGUUGUGGAAAAGAAAAAGGUUUGGAUCAUUGAUGUCGCCAUCCCAGGUGACAGUCGCAUUGACGAAAAACAACAGGAAAAACUCAGCCGCUAUCAGGACCUCAAGAUUGAACUUCAAAGACUCUGGCAGAAACCAGUACAGGUGGUCCCGGUGGUGAUGGGCACAUUGGGUGCCGUGCCAAAAGAUCUCAGCCAGCAUUUGGAAACAAUAGACAUUGACAAAAUUACGAUCUGCCAACUGCAAAAGGCCACCCUGCUGGGAUCUGCGCGCAUCAUCCGAAAAUACAUCACACAAUCCUAGACACUUGGGAAGUGUUCGACUUGUGAUUUUGUGAAAUGAAAUCCAGCAUGUCUAUCUUGUUUGCUGUGUCAUAAUAAUAAUAAUAAUAAUAAUAAUAAUAAUAAUAAUAAUAAUAAUAAUAAUAAUAAUAAUAAUAACUUUAUUUUUAUACCCCACCCCAUCUCCCCGGAGGGACUUGGAGCUGCCCGACAUAAAAAUACAAUAACAGCGAUAACACAAUAAAACAAUUUCACAUCAAUAAGACAUCAACAUCAGUAAAACAGUCAUAAAAGUCAGCAUACUGCAUAAAAUGUUAAAAACAGGAGGCUAAAACACAGAUCUGGGCCAAAGUGCAGAAAACUUCACAUUGGAGAGGUAGAUUCAUAGCUAAAAUAGACAAUAAAGUGCAAAGUAAUAAUGGCCAGGCAUCCUAUUGUUGAGUGGGCAGAUAAAUCAACCUACAAUGAUUAAUCCUCGAAGCCCUUUUGGAAGAGGAAGAUUGGGGGGGGGGGGGGAAGACGUUAUCUAGUUGGAAAGGGUUUUUUUUAUAGCAGGUAGUGGAGGAAGAUUAAGGUGGAACAGGUGCACACAAACUUGGCAAUAUAUUUGCUUGGUCUAGGAAAGAAUGUGAUUCUACGAUGCUGUAGUUGUGUGUGCUUAUCCACAACAAGCAAAAUAAUAACAACAAUAACAACAAAAACAACAAUACUACACUUUAUUUAUAUUCUGCUUUAUCUCCCCGGAGGGACUCACCGGAUUACAGAAUACACAUACAGUAUGAGGCAAACAUCCAAGGCCUAUUACACAGUGAAACAAUAACAUAUAAUACACAGACAAAGGUAAAGGUCUUUCCCCUUUUUUUUUAUCUCUGGUGUCUGGAGGCGAUGCUCAACUCCGGCCAUGGGGAGUUGAUUUUGUUCCAUUUUUCCAUGCCGAGAAGCCUGUUGUCCAUAUAUCAUGUUGCCAGCAUGUAUUCAUGUCUGCAUGGGGCACUCUUUCCCGCCGAGGUGGUACCUAUUGAUCUACUCGCAUUGUGUGCUUUGGAACUGCGAGGUUGACAGAAGCUAGAGCUGACAGUCAGGAGCUCACUCCGACUUGCAGCUACAAACUGCCAAUCUUUCGGCCAGCUAGUGCUUUAUGUCAAAGUAAUUUACGCAGCGUAGCAGUAGUUGUAUGGAAUCAGUGGAGUGCAGAACGAAGAGACAUCAGAGACGAUGGUAAAACUAUAUACAAGUUUUACUGAAAGUAGUAAUAAAGAUAAACAGACUUGCAGACAAUACACAGGACUUGACUUCUCAGCAGACAGCAGAACAGAACAGAACAGAUCUGAUGCAAUCAGCAAUGCACACACACUUGUGUCUGGACACUCCCCAGUUCCAGCCACACAUCAAGAUCAUCACAGCUUCUCAGUAAUUAACUCUUUACAGACUAUAGUACACUCUGGAUGAUGCAAUCAGUAUGCAAAACAAACCAAGACACAAAUUGCAUUUAAACACUAUCAAUAUACAAAUCCCACAUUAACACUUUAACCCAUUUUGCUACUGUGGCCUCAACAUAAACAGCAGCUUCCUUAUGAAUCCCGGGGUCAGCAUGCACGAAAAACAAAAGAGAGAAGAGAAGGAAGAAUACAUAGAUCUGCCUCACCAGCUAUGCCUAACAUGGAGUAUAGAUCUGAACACCAUAACAGAAAUGAUAAGAAAAACAAAAGUUUCAAAAAGAAAGUCAGUAGUAGUUUGAAAGAUACCUUUAAAUGUUCUCUAGAAGGUUCCAAAUGAUUGUGUUGGCACACGCUAUACUUUUCUGACUGCUUGUUUCAAUUCACAUAAUCAUAUCAUUAGUUGUGAACAAAAAGUUUGUUGAAAGCCAUUGAAAUGUUGUUCUUUCAUUCAGUGUAAAAAUCUUGAUUUCUUUCAUGGUACCGUGUUUCCCUGAAAAUAAGACAGUGUCUUAUAUUAAUUUUUGCUCCCAAAGAUGCCCUAGGUCUUAUUUUCAGGGGAUGUCUUAUUUUUCAAUGAAGAAGAAUUCACAUUUAUUGUUAAACCAAAUAAAUGAACAUUUAUUAUAUACUGUUCAGUAGUUGUCAUCACAAACCAUCAUAACCAGACAAACUGUGAAUACUAUCAAGAAUUUCUUGUUACUACCAUUAUUUCCAUGUACAACACUCUGUGAUACGUACAUUUACCGAUCCUACAUGCUCUGGUGUUCUGUUCGUUGGGCAUGCUUCCAAACAAAACCUUUGCUAGGUCUUACUUUCGGCGGAGGCCUUAUAUUUAGCAAUUCAGCAAAACUUCUACUAGGUCUUAUUUUCUGGGGAUGUCUUAUUUUAGGGGAAACAGGGUAUGUCUGCUUCUAGGAUCAACUUUUCUGUCCAAAAAACUCUGUCAACCGUGGUGUAUACACACAGACAGAGAUGUGUUCUUGUUAUUACUGUUGCCAUCUUUUUUAUUUGUAGCUCAUAUUUCUCCCGUUGACUGACCUAGCCUUUGAAUUGUCACCAGAAAUAAACCCAGAGCUUGCAUUUUCUCAUACUAUAAAGCAUGGUGGCACAAAGGGCAUCAAUUCAUGGUUUUUCCCAAUUUGCAACACUGCCUGCAAGCAGCGUUGUCAAGAAAUUGUGUUAAGAGUCAUGUCAAAUCAAAAUAGAUUAUCAGUAAACCGCUGGCACACUUAAACUCCCUUGGAGCAUUUUAAAUAAGCUUUUCUGGUAUCAGUGACUUAUUUCGGCUCCAUCGGCCCUCAAUAAAACAUACCAGCAAUAUUCUUGGCUCAAUGAUGAGAGAAAUGUUGAUGGUGUUAUUAGGAGCCCUGUCGAUGCCAAUAUCUGGUGCAAUAUAGUACCCAGCUCCCCUGUUUUCUUAAUUUCCCCCCUCCCGGUGCAAGGCCCUGAAGCAUCGGAGCGUGUGGAGAGCCGCGAGUCUUGGAAUUCCCAAGGUCUGCUGAUUGACUUUCUGCUUUCACACAUCACUGCCAAUUGCUUAACCGACGGUCUUUUUUCAGCCACUUCUUCUUUCAAAGACAGAUCAGAUAUACUGGGAAGAGAGGCCACGGUGAAGCAAAAAAUCAAUCUCACCGAGGUGCAAAUGAAUGCUUUUUCAAAAGGACACCAUGAAAUUGGAAGCGAUGUUUUAAAUCUCAUUUUCCAGAGACUCCUUUUAUGUCUGUUUUUCCCAGAAGAUAUUUGUAUUAAAAAUACUUACCGUAUAUACUCGAGUAUAAACCGACCUGAAUAUAAGCCGAGGCACCUAAUUUUACCACAAAACUGGGAAAAUCUAUUGACUCUAGUAUAAGACGAGGGUGGGAAAUGCUGCAACUACUGGCAAAUUUCAAAAAUAAAAAUAAAUAUAGAUAGGGGUUGGGCUGUGGCGCAGGCUGUUGAGCAGCUGCAAUAAAUCACUCUGACCAUGGGGUCAUGAGUUCGAGGCCAGCCCGUGGCGGGGUGAGCACCCGUCAAUUAAAAAUAAAAAAUAGCCCCUGCUCGUUGCUGACCUAGCAACCCGAAAGAUAGUUGCAUCUAUCAAGUAGGAAAUAAGGUACCACUUAUAAAAAGUGGGGAGGCAAGUUUAACUAAUUUACAACCUGGAAUGAGGAAGUGCCGUCAGAGUGGGUGAUGAAGCAGCUGCUCCGUCCUGUGGCCAGAAUCAAAUAUCCCCUCAGGAGAAGGUUAAAUUGCCUCUGCGUCUGUCUGUCUCAGUCUCUGUUUGAUGUGUUUAUGGGCAUUGAAUGUUUGCCCUAUAUUUUCAUAAUGUGAUCCGCCCUGAGUCCCCUUCGGGGUGAGAAGGGCGGAAUAUAAAUACUGUAAAUAAAUACUAAUAAAAUUACAUUAUUUGAGGCAUCAAUAGGUUAAAUGUUUUUGAAUGUUUACAUAAAAUUGUAAUUUAUGAUAAUAAUAAGACUUUAAUAAGAUAAGACUAUCCAACUCUGAUUACCUAUAUACUUGAGUAUAAGCCGACCCGAAUAUAAGCCAGCCAGGACCUUCAUUCGAAUAUAAGCCGAGGGGAGCUUUUUCAGCCCUAAAAAAGGGCUGAAAAGCUAGGCUUAUACUCGAGUAUAUACAGUAAGUUGUCUCUUUUUUAAAGGGUGACAGUUUACCUUUUUAAAAGAUCCUGAAACAAAUAAGAGGAAUCUUUUUCAACUCCAGAACCGAAUUCCAUUUUUAAGUUCUCAGGGGGCACGUUCUUGUAUUGGAACUUCUGGAACAUGGCCAUUACUGCAUGAAAAACACACAACAACCCUGUGAACCCCGCCAUGAAAGCCUUUGACAACAUAAUAUCACUAUGUUUUAGUUUAAAGCACUGAGCAAAGUCAAGAAAUCAUGGGCUUUCCCCACAGCUACAAUAUAAAAACUGAGGCUUGUCUGUACUGAUCCAAACCCUAUAUUCACCAUAAAAGGUCCACUGGCACACUUCACAAUGCUUCUGAUGAAUUUGUAGAGAGGGAAUUGCUUUGAACAAGAAGCUCAGACACAACUCCUGGUUGGUUAGGAAUGGCAGUGACAGCGACAUGGAGGACGUGAUGGCCCAAUGGAGCAGAUGCAGUUCUGAGCUGACUGGACCAUGAGCCCAGAUUCAGCACAUAAGUGAUCCAGGACAGUUUUACCACUUGCUCUUUAGGAUAAAGAAUGGUCAAUGGUGAAGAAUAUAAUCAGUUCUUGCAAUUGGAAGGUUGUGGUAUGUAGUUUGGAUCAAUAAGCUGAAAGUGAAUAUGGAUUUUAAUAUUCACUUUGUAAGAGGUAACAUUUUGAGACCAUGGAAUAAAUACAAAACCAAAAAAUAAAACCCAAAAUUGUUUAAAAUAUAUAUGCUUAGGACUUUAUUGCAUGAGGCGUGCAUCCUGCUGCCGGUCUCGGAACCAGUUUUUUUUUUUUUUCAUGUCAGGAGCAACCGGAGUUGCUUCUGGAGUGAGAGAAUUGGCCGUCUGCAAGGACGUUGCCCAGGGGACGCCCAGAUGUUUUGAUGUUUUACCAUCCUUAUGGGAGGCUUCUCUCAUGUCCCCGCACGGAGCUGGAGCUGAUACAGGAAGCUCAUCCGCGCUCUCCCCGGGUGGGAUUCAGGUCAGCAACCCAACCUUCAAGUCACAAGGCUUUUAUCCCCUAGGCCACCGGAGGAACCAGUUGAAGCUUCUGAACUAUCUUCAAAAGCAGCCCCACAUAGAGAGCACUGCAGUAGAAUCAUAGAAUCAUAGAAUCAUAGAAUAGUAGAGUUGGAAGAGACCACAUGGGCCAUCCAGUCCAACCCCCUGCUAAGAAGCAGGAAAUCGCAUUCAAAGCACCCCGACAGAUGGCCAUCCAGCCUCUGCUUAAAAGCCUCCAAGGAAGGAGCCUCCACCACGGCCCCGGGGAGAGAGUUCCACUGCCGAACAGCCCUUCUCACAGUGAGGAAGUUCUUCCUGAUGUUCAGGUGGAAUCUCCUUUCCUGUAGUUUGAAGCCAUUGUUCCGUGUCCUAGUCUCCAGGGCAGCAGAAAAUAAGCUUGCUCCCUCUUCCCUAUGACUUCCCUUCACGUAUUUGUACAUGGCUAUCAUGUCUCCUCUCAGCCUUCUCUUCUGCAGGCUAAACAUGCCCAGCUCUUUAAGCCGCUCCUCAUAGGGCUUGUUCUCCAGACCCUUAAUCAUUUUAGUCGCCCUCCUCUGGACGCUUUCCAGCUUGUCAACAUCUCCCUUCAACUGCGGUGCCCAAAAUUGGACACAGUGUGAUUCCAGGUGUGGUCUGACCAAGGCAGAAUAGAGGGGGAGCAUAACUUCCCUGGAUCUAGACACUAUUCCCCUAUUGAUGCAGGCCAGAAUCCCAUUGGCUUUCUUAGCAGCCGCAUCACAUUGUUGGCUCAUGUUUAACUUGUUGUUCACGAGGACUCCAAGGUCUUUUUUACUCGUACUGCUGUCUAGCCAGGUGUCCCCCAUUCUGUAUCUUUGAUUUCCAUUUUUCUGCCGAAGUGAAGUAUCUUGCAUUUGUCCCUGUUGAACUUCAUUUUGUUAGUUUCGGCCCAUCUCUCUAGUCUGUCAAGAUCGUUUUGAAUUCUGCUCCUGUCUUCUGGAGUGUUAGCUAUCCCUCCCAGUUUUGUGUCGUCUGCAAACUUGAUGAUCGUGCCUUCUAACCCUUCGUCUAAGUCGUUAAUAAAGAUGUUGAACAGAACCGGGCCCAGGACGGAGCCCUGCGGCACUCCACUUGUCACUUCUUUCCAUGAUGAAGACGACGCAUUGGUGAGCACCCUUUGGGUUCGUUCGCUUAGCCAAUUACAGAUCCACCUAACCGUAGUUUUGUCUAGCCCACAUUUUACUAGUUUGUUUGCCAGAAGGUCGUGGGGGACUUUGUCGAAGGCCUUACUGAAAUCCAGGUACGCUACAUCCACAGCAUUCCCUGUAUCGACCCAACUCGUAACUCUAUCGAAAAAAGAGAUCAGAUUAGUAAUCCAAACAGGAUGUGAUUAAAGCAUGGACUACCAUGGCCAGCUCCGGCAUCUCAAGAUAUGGGUGUAGCUGGCCCACAAGUUUUAAUUGUGCAAAGACGCUCCUGGCCACUGCCGAUACCUGAAGUUCUAGGGUCAGCAAUGAAUCCAGGAUCACCCCCAGACUGUGAACCUGCAUCUUCACGGAGAGUGUGACCCCCAUCCAACAGAGUCUGUGAUCCCACACCAGGAGUACCAGGAGAACCUCUAUCAUGUCUGGAUUAAAUUUCAACUUGAUGUCCCUCAUCCACUCCAUUAUGGUUCAGGAUCAGGAUGGCAUCCUUGGUUUGAAGGUGCUCCACCAGUAUAUAUGCUAUCAAUAUGAUUGUAGUGGAAUGGCCAGUUUAUGCAAUAAAGUUCCUUAGUCAUCUCAAAGUAUUGCUGUAAAGAUAGGAAAGCACUGGUAGAAUAUACAUCUAUUUAUGAGAGGCAGCAAAGGUGGGGAGGGUGGCAGGAUAACUGAUUGGCUGCCUAGAUGCACUUGAUGUCUUUCUAGCUGCUCUUGAACAUAGAAAAAAGAAGAAGUGCCCACUUCCUCUGCAUACAACAAGCCCUUGAAAUAUCCAGCAUUUGAGCUUUUCCGCACAGACUGUACUUUGAUAUGCUUAGGUGGUCCUUGAAAAGUUUGCGAAAGUUCUUAUUUGUGGCACAGUGUGUUAAAGCGCUGAGCUUCUGAACUUGCGGACCGAAAGGUCCCAGGUUGAAAUCCCUGGACCGGAAUGAGCGCCCUCUGUUAGCCCCAGCUCCUGCCAACCUAGCAGUUUGAAAACAUGCAAAUGUGAGUAGAUCAAUAGGUACCGCUCCGGUGAGAAGGUAACGGCAUUCCAUGCAGUCAUGCCGGCCACAUGACCUUGGAGAUGUCUACGGACAACGCCGGCUCUUCAGCUUAGAAAUGGAAUGAGCACCAACCCCCAGAGUCGAUCACGACUGGACUUAUCGUCAGGGGAAAACUUUACCUUUACUAUAAUAAUAAUUAAUAUAAUAUAAUAUAAUAUAUAAUAAUCUUAAAAUUAUUCUACUCUAUAAUAAUAAUAAUACAAAUAUAAUAUAAUAUAUAAUAAUCUUAAAAUUAUUCUACUCUAUAAUAAUAAUACAAAUAUAAUAUAAUAUAUAAUAAUCUUAAAAUUAUUCUACUCUAUAAUAAUAAUACAAAUAUAAUAUAAUAUAUAAUAAUCUUAAAAUUAUUCUACUCUAUAAUAAUAAUAAAAAUAUAAUAUAAUAUAUAAUAAUCAUAAAAUUAUUCUACUCUAUAAUAAUAAUAGGGGCCCCUGGUGGCACAGUGUGUUAAAGCGCUGAGCUGCUGAACUUGCAGACCGAAAGGUGCCAGGUUUAAAUCCCAGUAGCGGAACGAGCACCCACUGUUAGCCCCAGCUCCUGCCAACUUAGCAGUUCGAAAACAUGCAAAUGUGAGUAGUCAGGGGAAAACCUUUACCUUUACCUUUGUCUUUUUUGGCUGCAUUUCUGGCAGUUAUUCUAGCUGAACGAGGUCUCUGCUCUGUUUCCUUUUGCCUUUCCUGAGAUGUGGGUACUUGCAAAAUCUCCUCUUCAGAUUCCAACUGCCCCUCUGCCUCAUGAACACUUUUCUGCUCCCCUUCCUCUUCUGAAGAAGAGGAAUCCCUAACAAUUUCUCUCAUUGGAGAUUAUAAUAAGCAAGCAGAAUGCAUCAGAUAGAUACUAGACAAAGUUAUUUAGUAUUCCUGGCCACCAACGUCUGCAUUAGACCAAGACAGUUUAAAAGAUAAGAAUAAAUGGUGCCCAUUCAUCCUCUGGCUUUUUAUUCUUUUCACCUUUUUAAAAGAACCUGAACCAAAUUUUGCGAUGAUAAGUUAUUACUAAAGCAAUUGCCUGGGCUCUCGGUGUAACAUUCUGGUGAAGUAUUAGCCGUAAAAAUAUAUACAUGAGGCCCAUAUUUUAUCAGAGAUGGAGGCUUGGUGAUGGAGCCUGUACAAGAUUAGCCCAAUUAGAUUAAAAACAAAUGAUGUCUGGGAUGAUAGGUAGUGCUGAGAAGCAGUAAAUCUACAAAUGUGCUUGAUCUCAGCAGAAUAUAAGGUGGUAUGAUGUUUUCCUUCUACCAGUUAAGGAGGAAUAAUAAUGACUGGGAGAGAAAAAGAUGGUUAAGUAAAUGUAAAAUUCCUCUGGUACAUACACAUAUCACAACUCCCACAAUUUUUUAAUUUAUUUUUCAUUACAUUUUAAUUAAAAGCAUUUGUUAAUGAUAGAAACCCAGAAACAAUGAAUUAAAUAUUCUUUCUGCUCGUAUGUAGCAUCGUUCUUCAGGGCUUGGAAGUGAAUUUCAGCUCGUCACGAUUUGACAGAACAGAGAAGAAUUUACAUUUACUUAUGGAUCCCAAAGUGGAGAAUUGAUCUUUCCAUUGCUAUUUUUAUUACAUUAUGCUAGCGAGAAAUAAAAUGUUUCCUCUGCAAAAGUCACUCAUUUUUACAGCAUUCGAUCGAAGGUAAUGGAAUUUGAAGUUUGGAGACAGAAAAACAGUUCAAUCCAAUAUGUGCCCAGUUUUUUUAAAAAAAAUAAUAAUCAAAGAUACCAUGACUGUUUUGUGAUAUGUUAUUAGAAAAGGAAAACUGUUCCCCUCAAAAUGGGCUGUAGCUAGACAAGAUGUUUUCUGUCAAAAAGUUUACAACUAUAAUCAUGUCAUUUUUUAAAGACUUGCCAAGGCCACUUGCAUCUGUAUGACUCAUUUUAUUGGUGUUAUUAUUUUUAAUCUAUUGCUUUAUUACAUUUUAUUCUGGACUUCAGCAUUUCCUCUGGGAUCUUGUAAAACUAUUUUGACCUGUGUACAUGAAUGUACUCAAAUCAUAAUUUUUGGAGUCAUUUCUGGGCAUACGUCAUUAACAGGAUCCAACGGAUUGUUUUGGACCCAGUCUACACUGGCAUUUAAUACAGUUUGAAAACUCAGCCCCAUUCUUAAAUAUGUGUUAUUUGUAAGUUAGGUGUUUGUAACUUGGGGCCUUCCUGUACAUAUUGAAGAAAGGAAGGAAGGAAGGAAGGAAGGAAGGAAGGAAGGAAGGAAGGAAGGAAGGAAGGAAGGAAGGAAGGAAGGAAGGAAGGAAGGAAGGCAAGAAAGAAGGAAAGAAAGAAAGAAAGAAAGAAAGAAAGAAAGAAAGAAAGAAAGAAAGAAAGAAAGAAAGAAAGAAAGAAAGAAGGAAAGAAAGAAGGAAGGAAAGAAAGAAGGAAGGCAAGAAAGAAGGAAGGAAGGCAGGCAGGCAGGCAGGAAGGAAGGAAGGAAAGAAAGAAGGAAGGCAAGAAAGAAGGAAAGAAAGAAAGAAGGAAGGCAAGAAAGAAGGAAGGAAGGAAGGAAGGAAGGAAGGAAGGAAGGAAGGAAGGAAGGAAGGAAGGAAGGAAGGAAGGAA